GCGGCGAGCGCACACGUCAACAAUGUCUCGCGUCAUCGUACUCACCCUCCUCGCCCUACUAGCCCAAGUCACAGCUUUAAAUGUCCUAGUGAUCGUGUCCAUGCCCAUACCUAGCCACUACAUGGCUUUAAACACCCUAUUCAGGGAACUAGCCCACAGAGGCCACAAAGUUACUGUCAUGAACAAUUUCCCCGACAAAAACCCCACGGCGGGGCUGGAGUUCAUUGACCUCGAGGCGUACCAGCCCGGCGCCGUUAGGACAGACGAUUUAAAAUUCUACGAAAGUACAAGUUCUUGGUACGUGCCUUUGUACAACUUUUAUAGACAUUUUAUAUUGAGCCCGGGUGGUACUGCGCAUGAUUGCGAACAUCUUUUUACGCAUAAGAAGGUUAAGGAGCAUUUGGAUAAGAAAAUUAAGUAUGAUGUAAUAUUUGUGGAGCAGUUCCUGAGCGACUGCGGGUUUGCGUAUGCGGCAGCGAUGUAUGACUCUCCGAUCAUAGGGAUAACCUCACACGUGUUGUUACCAAUGCAUUACUCAAGAAUGGGAUUACCGUUUGACGUCAGAACAGAUCCGCACUAUUUCUUUAACGCUGGAAGCAAUCCGUCACUUUGGCAAAGGGUUCAGAUAACAGUAGUUGACUUUGUAAUUCAAAAUUAUAUGAAAUGGAACUUGCAGGAGAGCAUAAGAGGUGUGUUCGCUAAGCAUCUUCCAGAGGUUUCGGUGGAUUUAGAGAAGAUGGCGAAGGAAAGAAUGGCGAUGAUGUUUUUGUACCAGCAUCACUCGAUAACGGGAGGGAGGUUGUUAGCGCCUCAAGUUUUGGAGAUUGCUGGCAUUCAUGUUCAGAAACCUAAGCCAGUGCCGAAGGAUAUAGAAGAGUUUCUGUCAUCAGCAGAACACGGCGUUAUCUACGUCAGCUUCGGGUCCCUUCUGAGAUCGAACUCAAUGUCCGAUAACAAGCGAAAGCAGUUCGUCGGAGCUUUUGGAAGGAUUCCUCAAAAAGUGAUAUGGAAAUGGGGGAACGACAGUUUUCCCGAGCAAAGUGACGACUUGCUUGUGGGAAGUUGGUUUCCGCAGUUGGAUAUUUUAUGUCAUCCAAAAGUCCUAGCCUUCAUAUCGCACGGCGGCAUGCUAAGCAUGUCAGAAGCGGCCCACUGCGGUAAACCCCUGCUGACUGUGCCGUUCUUCGGCGACCAGUUCAGCAACGCGGCUUCAGCACGAGAAAGCGGAUUGGGACUUACGCUCUUCUUUGAGGAGAUCGAUAGUAACAAUUUGGAGGGAGCUAUUAGAGAACUGACUUCGGAGAAAAUGCAAUCAAACGCCAAGCGCAUCUCUCAGCUCUGGCAUGAUCGGCCGCUCCCAGUUAUGGACAGCGCCGUCUAUUGGACGGAGUAUGUAGCUCGACAUCGUACCGCGCCACCCUCUCUACCACAGAAACUGAAUACAUCGUCGUUUUAUACAUCACCGCUAGAUGUCGUUUGUGUGAUCGUAACUUUAGUAUUUGCAAUCUUAUUUGUAAUCUACGCUAUUUUGAAAGCGGUUUUUAAAUUUGUAUGGAGAUUGUUUGCAAAAAUAUUGGGUAAGAAGGCGAAAGGAGAAUAGUAAUAAAAU